AUGUGGUGUGUGGUUUUGCUUCUAUUCGGAUUUCUUCGACAAUCAUUAGGCGCGCCAACUGAGAAGCCGAUAUUACUCUUCUCAUGUCCACGAGAUGCGGAAUGCUAUGCUUAUCCCAAACACUGUAUUGAUAACUGCAAUGCAGCUUUUAGUAUGCAAUUUGAUCCGUCUAAAAAUACUACAACAUUAAACACUGCUAUGAUGUCAGGCCUUGGAUAUGUCGCUGUCCUGGUCAAGAACAAGGGUGCAAGAAACUUCCAACACGCUUAUAUUUGUUCCUUCCAUCAUCCGAAAGGCAUAGCUGCAAGGAUCGGACGGGGGGAGCCAAUCAUUAUCCUUGAGUACAUCCAAUCCACGGCGCCUGAUGGCAACACCGAUUCGACCCACACGCAAUGCCAGACCACCUUUGACGUCAAGAUGCCAAAGAAAGCCGAGUACAAACUAAUCAGUGGGAAGUGGGAAAGUGAUUUGGUGAUCGAUGAAGACCUCGGAGUGCCUGUUGUGCCAGCAUAUAGGAACGCUCGAAUAAUGUCGACAAACGAGCCACUUCGUAUUCCCGAACCAAAGAAGGUGCCAGUAGUUCGUGAAUCCUCAUCAGAAGAACGCGAGGAUGGCAUGAAAUCCGAAGCUUCCGCGCCAAAAAAUCAGUUUGAUAAAAUGAAGGUAGAAGGCGAAAAGAGAAGGGAUUCGCUCAAACGAAAGAUCGAAAAAGACUUGUUGGAGGAGGAUGAUGAAAAGAAAUCAACGAAGGAGAAAGAAACCUCCUCGGAAAAAGAUGAUACCACUAGCAAGUCCUCAAAGUCGAGAAAAGAAGCGAAAGACGAGAAGAAAGCUAAAGAUGAAAAGAAGAAAACAACAAAGGAUGAUAAGGAUGAGAAGAGUGAAGAACACGACAAGGAUGAAAAGAAGAAGAGAAAGGGUAGCGGCGAGGACGAGUCGGAGGAGCUACGCCCUCGAUGGAAAGAUUAUGAGGAUGGAAGCGGAGAAAGCGACAAGAAAAAGAGGCAGCGCACGGCUCUGAGCUGGCUUGUGCGUAGCGGUUGCGAAGCGUUUUUGGUCAAUCAUGUCGUAAUGGGCAUUGUGAUUCAUGGCAUUCGUUAA